AUGGCUGAAUUAGAACCUCUUCUUAUUGAAUAUGAUGAAAAUAAUUUAAUAUUACAACAAUUAGCCUACUCAGAAAUUCCAAAUAGAUAUGUUACAGAGAUACUUGAAGUUGGUGUAAACUAUGAUGACACAAUUUUUGUAUUUGCAUUUGAUAAUAGUUUGAGUCAUAGUGCUUUUGCAAAAGAUGCAUUAGUAGCAAACAGAAUGAAUAUAAAAUAUGAUAGCAAACAACUAUGA